AUGCUCUCGGCGACCCCUGAAGAUAUACCCAUGUUGGCCGUUUCGAAAAAUUCCAUGAUCUCAAAGGCCAUCCCUUACAAAGCCAUGGAUUACGGCUUUCACGGAUCUUGUUCCAUCCCAGCAGCCGCCGUUCCAGAGACUCGCGGAUCUGUUCAACGAGGUGUUUCCUGGCACAAACAUCCUACUUAUAUGGUUCUCUUCGCCCUUCUCGGAAUCGCCUUAGCAUGCACUCAUCAUGGUUAUUAUUCAUAUCUGGAUGGCAAACAAAAAACCCACAAUUUUCAAAAACGGUUUUCGAUAACACUUAGAAGUCUUCUUGCUUUUUCUGUGGUAUCGUCUUUUCUUGCAGCAAAUUGUGCUGCUUAUCCACAAUAUCUUUGGAUGUCAAUACGAAAAAAAGCAUUCACGUUAAGUACAUUGGAUAAGAUGUUUGCAUUGACGUCGGAUCCGAUAAGAUUUAUAAGCGUAGAAAUAUGCAGACAUGCACCAGUUGUGACCCUUCUAGCAUUGGUCUAUUGGGCGAUGAGUCUUGCGGCAAUACUAUCUCCUGAUAACGUCUCUACUUUACCUGGCACUGUUGUUAUAAAUAUUGGCACAAAAGCUGCCGAGAGCUCCGAUAUUGUUCCAAUUGGAGGGCCAGCGCCUAAUUCAUCUUACUCUAUCGACAUUAGAGGUCCUUAUGUUCAAUGUAUGGCACCUAAGGAUACCGAGCAAAUUUACUUUGAUCAAUAUAUAGAGGAUCUCGCUCAGAACAACGUCUUUACUUCGACCAGCUGGAUCACGCAUUACCAAAAUGCGUCCAACCUUUCCGACUCUCUUGUUUCUCCUUGGCCGUCUAUGGUCUAUCUAUCUGCUUUUGAUCCGUGGAUGUAUCCCGAUAACGACAGCUUGGGAUGGUUGGCAAUCGGUGAACUGGAUACCUCAUCUCCCGAUCAAUUUAAUAAUUGGGAUGUCAGUAUCAGACAAAACAUAUCGGCAGAUCUCAGUAACACCAACAACACAUUCUUUUCGGUCCAACCUAAACUAUGGGGUUUGACAGCUAAUGAUAGUUUUUUAUGCGAGCUCGUCAACGGCACAAGAAACGUCCAUUUUGAUUUUAUCGAUGGCACACAGCAUAUAAGCUAUGGCAUGCUUUAUGAUGUGGAAGAUAUCGACAAGCUAUGGACGAAUGUUCCAGGCUACCCUAGAGCUUUGAGCAACACGCGUCAUCGUGACAUCGCACCCCAUAUAUCCCUCUAUCAAUCCAUGAUUUCAAUGCUAAGUGAGAACAUCACAGCUCAAAUUGCUGGUUGUGAUGACUUCCUUAACGCAUAUUGGAAUGAUAAUCCUCAGGUAGGAAAUGCAGAUUGCUUGCCGGCUGUGAGUGGAACCACAGGGUAUUGCGCGUGGCUUAAUGCAUACACGGCUUUCAAUGUUAGCCGAGCGUCCAAUAUCUAUAAUUCGAUAGAAUUCUUUACGAAACCUGCGUCAGCUUGUCGUAAUCAUAGUCUGGCGAGAGGUAUAGAAGAUUUGGCUGCGAAUACUAUCAUCAGCUUAUUCAGCGAGCCCAAACUUCUCAAGCAAAACGCAUCCAUUGUCCCAGUUAUUUUCACGCAUUCUAUCAACGUCUUUUCGUACUCCCCGAAAUAUCUCUACCUCCCGUACGGUAUCGCAAUCUUCUUUACUUGUUUUAGUACAAUCCUCGGUUUAUACGCCUUCUACGCCAACGGUGUUGUUCACAGUACAGCACUAUCAGCUAUUAUAGCCACGUCGAGGAACCCGUAUCUCGAUGUUCUUGCUGGUGAGAAUUUGGUAGCUAACACAUCAUUGAGUAAGGAUAUUAGAAAUGUAAAGUUAAGGUUGGGCAUGAUGAGGGGGGAAAGACCAGGGGAGGAGAGAGUCGCGUUGGGUAGACCCGAAGAAGUGAGGGAGUUGGAGAAGGGAUGGCUUUGA